CUCCACUUAUUCCCAGUCCAGGAGAAGUCCGUUAGUCAAAGCACACAGGAGACGCAGCGAGGAGAUGCGGUCCAGCUGAUCAAAGCGCUUCAGUUUUUGCAAUUUAAACUUUUGGAUAGAGGUUUUUGGGAAGAAAAAAACCUUGAAACUUUGAAUAAAAGACUUUAGUAGAAAAGAAAAAAACAAUCUUUGAAGAGGAAAGCAGCCUUCCCAGGAAUUCCCAAAGUUCUAGAGCAGGUGCACAGAUAUAUUUAGUAAAAGAGAUGGCCUCCGCGGCUCUGGAGAUCCUGGGUCUGAUGCUGUGCGUCGUCGGCACGCUCUUGGAGAUGGUCGUCUGCAUGCUGCCCACCUGGAAGGUCACCGCCUUCAUCGAGGCCAACAUCGUGGUGGCGCUGACCAUCUGGGAAGGGUUGUGGAUGUCGUGCGCCGUGCAGAGCACCGGCCAGAUACAGUGCAAGAUCCACGACUCCAUGCUCAAUCUCAAACACGACCUCCAAGCCGCGCGCGCGCUCACGGUCAGCUCGUCGGUGUUGUGCGUCAUCGGGCUGAUGGUGGUGAUCGCCGGCACGCAGUGCACCAACUGCAUCAAGGCGGAGAACGUGAAGGCACGGGUGGUUAACGUCGGAGGGGUCAUCUAUAUCAUCAGUGCCAUAUUCAUGCUCGUGCCCCUGUGCUGGAUGGCCAACAGCAUCAUCUCCGACUUCUACAACCCGCAGGUGCCGGCGUCCAUGAAGCGGGAGAUCGGAUCGGCUCUCUACAUCGGCUGGGCGGCCACCGCGCUUCUGCUGCUCGGGGGAGGCAUGCUCUGCUGCUCGUGCCCUUCAACCUCCAGAAACUCCGGCUACUCGACACAAUACGCGCCCACCAAAAGAUCAACAUCCAACGGGGACUAUGACAAGAAGAAUUACGUUUAGACGCUGUUUAACCCUAUGGUCAUUUCUGACAAAAAAUGUUCUGUUUUGAAAUUUUAAAAAUCACAGCUUCAUCGGAAUGUUACGAAACUUGGUGACUUUUAUGGCAUUGGGUAUGUGAACACAAAACAAAAUUGAGGUUAUGAUUCGAGCAGGCUAAGUGGCCGUAAAAAAAAAAAAUAGUCACACUUGUGCUCUUCGGUCAAAAAUGACCGACCAUAGAAAAUAAAUGGGAAAUUGACAAAAACACAAAAACUUUGAGAAUUUUUGUGUGUACAAUCUACAAAUCGGCCACGAUGCAGUAAAAAAAAGUGCUCAGCAUUGAAGGGGUGACACUCUAAAACAUCAAGAGUGCACAAGAGUGCCACCCCUACACUUUUAUAGACAAAAACAACAAUAAAUUGUGAUUUAAGAAA